AUGCGAUGGCUCCAUACUGCCAAGACGCAGCGCCGCAGCUUCUCCCACGCAGCGCCCGUCCUUGACCUCACCAAGAGCCGCAAACAGCUCGGCCUUGGCCUCCUCGGCGGCCUUGUCUGCGUCGGCGUCGCGCUCCAAGCCAACGAGCGCAACAAGGCGUCUCUUCUCGAGGCGGUACCGAGCGCGAUGGAGGGGCCGCGACCGGACGCCAGCUGGAAGCAGACGCUCGAGCGCGUCGUGCCUGCGAUCGUCUCCCUCAAGCUCAACUCGCCGAAGUCGUUUGACACGGAGACACCGGGCAACGGGUGGGCCACGGGUUUUGUCGUCGAUGCGGAAAAAGGCAUCAUCCUCACCAACCGCCACGUCGUCGGCGCUGGUCCCGUUGACGCGGAGGCCAUUUUUCAAAACAACGAAGAAGUCCGCGUCGUGCCGAUUUAUCGGGACCCGGUGCACGACUUUGGAUUCUUCCGCUACGACCCCAAGGAUGUCCGGCACAUGGCGGUGCCAUCGCUCCAGCUCUGCCCGGAGAAGGCGACGGUCGGCACGGAUAUCCGCGUGGUCGGCAACGACGCGGCCGAGAAGCUCGCGAUCGCUGCGGAGAAAGGCCUUGUCGUCGUCGACCGCAACACGGUCUCGGACCGCCUCGGCGAUGUCAUGGUGACGUUCGCCAACACGCUCGUCGUCCCCGGCAAGGUCCGCUUCGUGCAUCCGGUGCACAACUUCGCGAUCGUCCAGUACAACCCGAGCCUCAUUGGAGACACGCCCGUGCAGUCGGCGACGGUCUCGCGCACGCCGCUGCAGCCGUCCGACCCGGUCUGGCUCGUCGGGCUCAUGAGCGGCAUUGGCCGGAGCUCGUGGUCGGAGCUUGUGUCGCGCGAGACCCUUGUCUCGAGUGUCAAGUGGAUUGCAUUGCCGAUGCCCAACCCGCCACGGUACCAAGAGCACAACCUCGAGAUGGUCGCGCUCCAAGACGUUGUCAACACGGAAGGCGGCGCGGUGUGCACGCCGUCGGGCGCCGUCGCCGCGUUCUGGGCGUCGUUUUCGUUUCAGCAGCAGCGCGGGCCGACCAAAGUCGAGUCGCAGUUCACGCGGGGCAUUCCCAUGGACAUCAUCCUCGACAGCGUCGAGCCGCUCUUGCACGGCGAAGCGUCGCCCAAGCUCUUUGACCUCGGCGUGGAUUUCGAGCACAUUAGCCUCGCCAAAGGCCGCGAACUCGGCAUGGACGAAGCGACGGCGAAAGCACUCGAGGCACACGCGCCCGCGCGCCGCACGAUCUUAUCGGUGGGCCGGCGCUGGGGCGGCACCGACGCCUCGGCCGUAUUGCGCAAUGGUGAUGUGCUUGUCGCGAUCGAUGACCGCGUCGUCACGUCGUUCCGCGAAGUCGAGAUCGCAACCCAGAAGGAGUCGGUGCGAGCCACGAUCGUGCGCCAGGGCACGCGCAUGGACGUGACACUCAAGACGGUGCACCUCGAGAGCUGGGAAGUCGAUCGCAUCGUAUUUUGGCAAGGCCUCCUCCUCCAAGUCCCGCCGCUCUCGGUCGCGUCGCAGCGCGAAAUCUCGUCCCGUGACGGCGUCUAUGUUUCGUACGCGGGGUCGCCGGCGGCGCGGUAUGGCCCGCCGCCCACGAGCCGCAUCUGUGAGCUCGAUGGCAUCCCGAUCUCCAACCUCGACGACUUUGUGCGCGUUGUGACGGCCAAGUCGGCGACCGCGUCCUCGAUCCGCGUCAAGUACAUGGACCUCGGGGGCAAAAUGCAUCUCACGACGCUCAAGCUCGAGCCGACGUUCUGGCCCACGAGCCAGCUGACGUACCGCGACAACGAUUGGCAGCGCCAGAGCUUGUGA